GUCGAUCCGCACCAACGGCCGUGUCGUCGGCGGCGCUGGCGGCGGCGGAGGAGCCACACCGGCACACCGCGGACCGACAGGCAGGUCUCCCCGCUACCGAGGAAAAGGGCUUCCGUCUACCGUCGUUCAGAUAAAAACCGAGAUCGCCGCAGUCGUUUUGGAACACAAAGCAGCCGCCGGAGCGGAAUAGGAUCGCGUCUCCCGAAAGCGCCGGUCCUUCCUCCCCCAGGGGGAAAGAUGGGGAAUGGAUUGUCCGAACAACCCGGCCUCUUCUCCAACGGCUCGUUCUUCCAGUCGUUUCACAUCGCCAUCCUGGGCCUGGACUCGGCGGGGAAGACCACCGUCCUCUACAGGCUGCAGUUCAACGAGUUCGUGAACACGGUGCCCACCAGAGGCUUCAACGCCGAGAAGGUGAAAGUGUCUCUGGGCGGCCGCCGCACGGUCACCUUCCACUUCUGGGACGUGGGCGGCCAGGAGAAGCUCCGCCCCCUCUGGAAGUCGUACACGCGGCGCACGGACGGCAUCGUCUUCGUGGUGGACUCCGUGGACGCGGAGCGCAUGGAGGAGGCCAAGACGGAGCUCCACAAAAUCGCCAAGACCUCCGAAAACCAGGGGGUGCCCGUGCUGGUGGUGGCCAACAAACAGGACCUGAGGAACUCUUUGGGGCUGGCGGAGAUCGAGAAGCUGCUGGCGCUGAAAGAACUGGGCCCCGCGACCCCCUGGCACCUGCAGGCGACCUGCGCCAUCAUCGGCGACGGGCUCCGGGAGGGCCUGGACCGGCUCCACGACAUGAUCCUGAAGAGGAGGAGGGCGCUGCGGCAGCAGAGCAAGAAGAGAUAGUCGAGGGUCUUCGUUGAUGAAGACCCUCUGGAUGUUACAUGUGAAGGACGCUCUCUCCCGGGUGGAUUACUGACGCAUGCUGAGUUUUAUCAGUCCGGCUCGGGUUCUCGUGGCGAUCAGGAAGUGACGGUUGAAGGAAUACAGUACGAAGAUGCGAGAGGUUGGGACGUGUGUCGUUGUGCGAUGAAGAGUUUCACGUGGAUUACAAGGCGGCGCGGAGGGGUUCGGCGUGCGGAAGGGCGAGAGAAGUGAAGGAUGUUUCACGAACGGCUGUUCCAAACAACAUUACCAAAAAGUGAUUUAAGAAGACUGGUUGACGGUUUAUUUGGUAAAUGAGUGAAUGUUGUCACACCCGAGGAGCAACUACUACAUUCUUUUUAAUUUCACAGUGUCGUACUUUAUUAUGUCCAUUUUUUUACACUGGACUUUCUCCUUGAAAGAAAAGUAUUAUCGUAUUACUUCCCAUUUGCUUGCUGUCUUAUCAAAUCUGUUUUGAAAGCACUUUAGAAAAUCUCUUCUUAUGAAGUUUACAGUUUCUAAAUAGAGCGUGUUGGAUUUUACAGAAAUAUUUGGGCAAAAUAGAACAGUUGCUACUGAAGUUGGCCACAUGUCAUUAGACAGGUUAUGCCUAAUAAAACAUAUUUCGCAAUGUC